AUGAGCAGAGGUAUCGACAACAACAAUAGGAGGAAGAAGAAGGCGGAAGACGACGAGGUUGAAGAGCUGUUGCGGGAGGCAGAGGAUGACGUAUUCCUCAAGCUCAGCCUCAAUUCCCAUAUGGCUCGUGGUUCUUCCACCCAAUUCAUCAAUCCAGAUCUCGAUCAACGUUUACGUGCCCUCAAAUCCAAGCAAACCCCCAAAACCAAAAACCCUAUUCCCCAACAACCAUGUUCAACCUCUACAGCUUCCGAUGUUAACUUGUUUCCCAGAUUUGCAGCUCUCAAAAGCUCCUUUCCCGCUUAUUCUUCUUCGGCUAACCAACAGGUUGCGGAGGAGAAUGAAGAGGAUGACGAUGAAGUUGAGAAGGUGAUUAAGUGGGCCAUUGAUGCUGCUAGGCUUGACCCUUCACCUCCCUCUGAGACUAAUGAAGAUGAAAAUAGUGAGGAUGAUGUCAGCUAA